GGGUGGGUAGUUUCUCGAGGCAGCUGCUCCGUAGGUUUCGGGCCAAGCCUUCUCCCCGCUCCCGCGGCUAUUCCGUAGCACAGAGGAGUCAAAAUUGCAGCAAAUGGCUCCCGCACACUUCACUGGAUGUCUUUGUCGUUAGAGAUUCCCAGCUGUCGCUCUAGACUCCAGCUAAUAAGCUUUAUCCGUCCACUCGCUCACAGUCUUCCCAAAACCGCCAUUUUUGCAUGAGUAUACGAAAGUAUACGGAGCAUGUGCUCUGACCUUUGACCCUCACUGGGCGGAGCUGGACGACCUGCAGCUCAGCUCUAUCAUCAUGAAGCUUGUAAUUUUGGAAGAUUACGACAAGGCAAGCGAAUGGGCAGCCAAGUAUGUCCGAAACAGCAUCCUAAAGUUCAACCCAGGCCCUGGCAAGUUCUUUGUGCUGGGCCUCCCCACAGGCAGUACUCCACUGGGGAUGUACAGGAAACUGGUUGAGUUCCACAAAGAAGGCAAGCUAUCCUUCCAGUACAUCAAGACAUUCAACAUGGACGAAUACGUUGGUAUCCCGGAUGAUCAUCCCGAGAGCUACCACACGUACAUGUGGCAAAACCUCUUCCAACACAUUGACAUAGACCCAACCAAUGUUCACAUUCUUGACGGAAAUGCUCAGAACCUCCAGAAAGAGUGCGAUGACUUUGAACAGUCCAUCAAAGACGCCGGUGGAGUUGACUUGUUUGUUGGAGGUGGGAGAGACUAAUGAUGACCACACCCACCCACACACACAUGUACUCGAGAAAUGUUUUCCUUCUUUGGAGAUAUCGCAGAGUGUUUGGUGGGAGUGGCUUGUUAGCUCUCUCUCUCUCUAGGAGGCAAUGUGUUCGUAGCAGCACACAUUAGGAGGGAGACCCUUCAACUGAGGGAUUGUUUGUACCGAUUUGUACCGACACAUUCACACCUCCACUCUACAUACAUUCACAGUGGGAAACCACGUAAAAACUUAUUAAGCACAAUUUUAAGAGUUAGGAGACCCCUAUCCGAGGUGUAAUAUAAGUCAUAAACGCUACUACCAUCCUCUAUUUGUUUCUCUUUUUGAAAAGUUGUGGUGGUAUUGUUGCUCUGCAUGCAUGCAUACAGGGAUUGGUCCAGACGGCCAUAUAGCCUUUAACGAACCAGGUUCCUCCCUCGUUUCCCGGACUAGGAUCAAAUCUCUGGCAGUCGACACUAUCCAGGCCAACGCCCGCUUCUUUGGCGGCAAUGUGGGUCAGGUUCCUACCAUGGCGCUCACUGUGGGCGUUGGCACUGUCAUGGACGCCAGGGAGGUGAUGAUUCUUAUUACUGGGUCACACAAGGCCUUUGCUCUCUACAAGGCCAUAGAAGAAGGAUUGAACCACAUGUGGACAGUGUCAGCCUUUCAGCAACAUCCCAAGACGCUGUUUGUCUGCGACGAGGACGCCACCCUCGAACUCCGCGUCAAGACUGUCAAAUACUUCAAAGGACUCAUGGACGUUCAUAACAAACUAGUCCAAGACCCUUACUUAGACUAAUACUAUAGCGUGAUGAAUUUCAGGUAGAAAUGAAUGGAGAGUUGUAUGGAGUAUAUAGUCGCUAGAGAUACAGUACAUGGGUGUAUAAGUGAUCCUUGGCAAUGAUGAUGAUGAAUGAACUGCUCCAUUAGGUCAAGUUGGAGGAGACCAACCAAUUGUAGCUACAACGCCGUAGUGGUCGGAACAUGGAGGAGAACUACAAAACAGGGAACAAAGUCUGUAAACAAACAUGGUGGAGAUAUCAA